AUGGCGGGGCCUGCCCCACAAGUUUCUCGCCCAGAACAACAAAAUUUCCAGGCGCCAUAUAAUCCACGUCCCCCGGCAAACUAUACAAGAGAACAAGGUCAAAAAGAAAAAUUUACCCCAAUUGGGGAAUCGUAUACGAGUUUGUUACGGAAAUUGAUACAAUUGAGACUGGUUGAACCUGUCAAUCCGUACGUUGUCAAUCCAAAUGCAAGAGGUUUUGAUCCGACUGUUAUAUGCGAGUAUCACGCCAACGCACCAGGUCAUAGCACAGAGAAUUGUUGGACCCUAAAAAGAGUCAUUGAGAAGUUAAUUGAGGAUAAGGUAAUCGAGGUACGCAAUGAGGAAGCAUCGAAUGUCACCAAUAACCCACUCCCUGCUCAUAAUAAUGAGCGUGUUGUGGGGAUGGUUGGCAUUUUUGAAGAUUAUGUGCAAACAAGUAGAACAAAAGUGGAAAUCAAGGUUUUAAGAGAAGAGUCUAGUAUGGUUUUAGAACCCAUACAAAGGGCACCGAUAAUUGUUAAAGGUGCACGUUCGAAUUCUGGGAACUCGAGGAAGCUAGUGUUGUAUGUCCCUGAGUCUAUAAAAAGAGGAGACGUACCAUUGAAUGGACCAAAAUGCUACAUUCCUGGUAAAUUUUCAACGUUUGAUCAAAAUCAAAAAGGUAUGAAAGAUCCAGUUGAGAUACAAAUUGCAGCACAACUUCCUAUCACAAACACCAAGGCCGUUCCGUGGAACUACAACGAAGUCGUCGUUACUCACAAGGGAAAGGAGAUUGUUGAAGAAACAAAUGAAACAAGAGUCUUAACUCGUUCCGGAAGAUGUUAUGCUCCGGAAGAAUUAAGGAGGGACAAACAAAUCAAAGAGAAUCAGUUGCCGAUGAAAAAACCAGUCACUGAGGAAGAUGCUGAAGAGUUUCUGAAAAAGAUGAAAGCUCAAGAUUAUUCUGUUAUAGAUCAGUUGAGGAAAACGCCUGCUCAAAUAUCUUUAUUGUCAUUACUCAUACAUUCCAAAGAACAUCGUGAAGUGUUGACCAGAAUUUUGAAUGAGGCACAUAUAUCAGAAAAUAUUACAGUAGGUCACUUGGAAAAGAUGGUCAAUCGAAUUUUUGAGGUAAAUAGGAUCACUUUCACUGAUGAUGAAUUGCCCUUGGAAGGAUCUGGACAUAAUAGGGCUCUACAUUUAACCGUGAAAUGUGAAGAACACUAUGUGAAGAGAGUCAUGGUCGAUGGAGGAUCAGGUGUAGACAUAUGCCCUCUUUCCACUCUACAAAGCUUGAAAAUCAGCAGUAAUAGGAUUCGUACUAACAAUGUUUGUGUACGGGCAUUUGAUGGUGCAAAACGGGAUACUCUUGGUGAAAUAUACUUAAUUGUUACAAUUGGACCAGCGGAGUUUGGAAUCACUUUCCAAGUUAUAGACAUGGACACGUCUUACAAUCUGCUUUUGGGUAGGCCGUGGAUCCACAUGGCUAGAGCUGUGCCAUCUACUCUACACCAAGUGGUCAAGUUUGAACAUGACAAACAAGAAAUCAUUGUCCAUGGUGAAGAUGAUCUCCCGAUCACCCGAGAUCCUUCAAUACCAUGCAUUGAGGCUAAAAGAGGUUGUGAAUCCCUCAACUAUCAGGCUCUAGAGAUAAUAACGGUUAAUCAGUUCUUAGAAGGAAAUCCUAUCCUCCAACCUCGUCUGUCCUCUACUUCCGUCAUGGUGGUGGCUCAAAUGGUACAAAAUGGCUAUGAACCAGGAAAGGGGUUAGGUUUGUCGUUACAAGGGAUUGUGAAUCCUAUCAGUCCAAUGGGUAAUCAAGAUACAUUCGGUUUGGGUUUCAAUCCAACUAGAUUUGAUAGAAAAUGGGCAAAAGAUCGUAAAAGAAAUGCUUGGAAUCUGUCGAAGCCGAUCCCCCAUAUUGCUCAAUCUUUCAUUAAAUCUCAGGGUGAACCGUGUCCAGAAUUACCAAUCCAAAAUGAUGUGGAUGAAAUGUGCCAAGGUAUCAAGGAAAUGUUUUAUGAGGUAAAUAUGACUCAGAGGGGUGAGGGCACUAGUCAUAUGGAUGUGCAGUUUAUCGGCCCGAAUGUCCAACUCAAUAACUGGAAAGCCACUCCUCUCCCUACAAAAAAGGAGUCAUGGUAG